GGAAAUUGAACUCGGACGGGUCGAUAUUAUAUCCACGGACCCGAACCAGGUCCGAAUCAUUUACGCCGUCCGAUCUUCCAGAUCAGCACGUACGAGAAUGAUCUUUUCGUUUCACACGUGCAAGAAAUCUCAAUCGUUGGAUCUCACCACCCACCUGGAUCUUCUUCUUGAUUUUCGUUCCCGUCAGUCACUUGACCCUCCCUUGAAAUUUCCAAAUUCCAUACGAACCUCCUCUCUCGAAAUCUAUAAUUAGGAACUCGAAAAACCAGAAGGCAAUAUUUUGAAUGACUGAAUUUGCUGCAGCAGGGACAGGGUGCUCCAUUCCUGAGCCUGAGCCCGAGCCCGAGUGCAGCGCCUUCAACUACCACCGUCCAGCCACUCGCGGCGGUCAAUGAUGAUCCAGACGAUCAACGCGCUGACGUAUUACCUAUCGGAGCAUCCAGCGAUCGUCGGAUUCCGGUGGAGCCACACCCAAUCGUGGGGCUCCACGUGGUCGUUCCUCUUCACCUCAAUCGCCGUAUACCUCGCGCUCUCCUCUUUUCUCCACCUACUCCUCGCUCUCCUCCUCCGACGGGGCCGGCCGGUCCCCCUAGGUCCCAUCCCUGCCGUCCAUAGCCUCAUGAUGUCGGUGAUCUCCGCCACUAUUUUCGCCGGCAUACUUCUCUCUUCCGCCGCCGAGAUCCGCGAAACCCGAUGGUUCUGGCGCCGUACCAAGACUCCCUUCCAAUGGCUCCUCUGUUUUCCUUUAGGAACACGGCCGUCGGGUCGGGUUUUCUUCUGGUCAUACGCUUUUUACCUCUCGCGAUUCCUCCACAUGCCGCGAACGUUGUUCACGAUCUUUAGGCGCCGUAAGUUAGCUUUCUUCCAGCUCUUCUACAAUUCAAUCCUGACCUUCAUGUCGUUCUUGUGGCUAGAAUUUUCUCAGUCAUUUCAAGUAAUGGCGAUCCUCUUCACUACGCUGGUUUACUCUGUCGUUUACGGGUACCGGUUCUGGACCGGAAUCGGGUUACGGAGCGCGUGCUUCCCGUUCGUCGUAAAUUGCCAGAUGGUGCUGUUGGGUUGUAAUGUAGCGAGCCAUGUGGGAGUUCUGUUGCUGCAUUUCUUGAAAGGGGGCUGUAAUGGAAUUGGGGCAUGGGUGUUCAAUUCGGUUCUGAACGGAGCUAUAUUGUUGCUGUUUCUAAACUUUUACGUGAAGAUGCAUUUGAGGAAGAAGAUGAAGAAGGAUAGCGGUGUGGUAAACGCAACGAAGAACAAGGGUUAGUACUGAAUUUUCUAAAUGGUGAUUUUACCGGAUUGCAGGUCUGUCGGGUGUUUGGGUGGUGGUGGUGUCCUAUCUUCUUCUUCUUUUUUUUUUUUUUUUUCUCUUUUCUUGAAAAAGGUAUUUUGAAAUCUAUGUGCUAGAAUUCUGAUAGCAUCUGUAUGGAAGUGUAUAUGAUCUUGUUAAAAAGUACAGCAGAUUUUAUUUGAGUUAGGAUUAGUUUUCUCUCAAAUUUCUCGGCGAAUACGAUCAGUAACAGGUAAAUCUUUUCUCUAGGAAUAAAAGAUUUUGGGAGGCCAUGGA